AUGUGCAAGAAGGAAAGUGCAAGAAGGUAUGCUUUGAUGGUUAUGGCCGCUGAGAUCGAUGUCUCUCUAAGUGUUCGCGUUUUCGAGGAGCUGACGUCCAUUAGCUCGUUAGACAAAGGCCUUCUGUCGAUAAAGAUGCGACCAAGCUACAAUGUGAUAGGAGGACACCCUAAUAAGACUUUCGAUUGGCAGAGGUCUUACUUCUAUGUUAAGUCCGACAGUUCCGCUUUCGAGGAUCCUCCGGAUGACGACUACCAGGAUUGGAAUUCAAGUUAUCUUCCCGCGGUUAACACGGUUAAGAGACGGAUCUCGCUGUUCACCAAAGAAGAGCAAAAGAGGAUCAACGAAGCAAGGAGAAUGAAGGGCCUUUCUGAUCUAAGCGUUAUGAUGGCGGCUCAGCUCGUCGAACCAUCGGGGGCUCCUGACGAGGUGGCGGCCACUGAUAUAAUUGAAGCGACUAUUCAGCGUCAGGCUCCUUCUCCCGACGCCUCUGCCACUGCCUCUAAAAAGAAGAAGAACCGGACCGAGACUGCUGAGCCGUCCAAGAAGAAAAGGAAAAAGAAGCAGUCGAGCAAUCGACAGUCUCUUCCGGGAAAGAACGCUGCCUCCCGAGGUACCGAGGUUACUGGUUCCGCUGCUCAAGCUGGCUCGACUGUCGAGCCAUCUCCUAAUCUGGCUCUAAUAGAUGAACCCGGGGAUGCUUCGCCCGUAGUUCAGCUUCAGAAGAAGGAGAGGCGAACGAGUGAGCAGGUAACGACUAGCCGCCAGGUUCUUUCUGCUGCUGUCCCAAGUGUAGCUAGGGAUUCUGCUUCAUCGAUUCCCAGGGCAUCGACUCCCAUCACGUCGGCUGGUGGUGCUCCGGCCGUAAGGACGACUCCGAGGGUCGAGUUUCCAGACCACAUCUCGUUCGAGUACGACGGGCUGACUCCCCUUAUCUAUGCUCCAAAUAGAUGCGUGGAACUGGUCAGUCAGAUCAAAUGCGGACCGAAGCCUCUCCCGCCCGUUGCUGACUUGAUCUUUAAGGACGAGUACGUUGAUGCCGCUCGUACUAAGUUGCUGUGUGAUGGAGUCUCGAACUUUGUUAUUGAGAAGUAUGAUACGGCUCUGAAGGAGGCGCUCUCGGAGUCUGAGAAGCUGAAAAGGACUGUGGCGGCCAAAAGUAGGCUCUUCCGUCGAAAGAGGGCGGAAUGGUAA